AUGAAGAUUGACUUUGCUGGGUUCGAUGGUCAUGGUAUUAUGCCAUAUAUUGGCACAGGAUGUUUCCACAGGAGAGAGAGUCUUUGUGGAAGGAAGUAUUCUGAAAAUUGUAGUGUUGAAUGGAAUGAUGUGAAAGAUACUAUAAAAGGAAGAACGAUAGACGAAUUUGAGGAAGCUGGUAAACUUGUUGCAAAUUGUAGUUACGAAAAGGGCUCUCAAUGGGGAAAAGAGAUGGGAUUAGUGUAUGGAUGUGCUACCGAGGAUAUGGUAACAGGCUUAACAAUCCAGUGCAAGGGAUGGAAACCUGUUUAUUACAAUCCAACAAAAAGGGCAUUUCGGGGUGUUGCUCCGACAACCUUAGAUCAACAUCUUGCACAGUACAAGAGAUGGUCUGAAGGCCUGUUUCAGAUAUUCCUUUCCAAGUAUUGUCCCAUAAUAUAUGGACAUGGAAAGAUCGGAUUUAGUGCCCAAAUAGGACAUUGUCUGUACCUUUUAUGGGCUCCUGUUGCACUUCCCACACUAUAUUAUGUGGUCAUUCCUGCUCUUAGCCUGCUCCAUGGCGUGCCGUUGUUCCCAAAGGUAUUUGGAUUAUGGUUCCUACCAUUUGCAUAUGCAUUUGUUGCAAAAACUGCUUACAGCUUAAUAGAAGGCCUAAGAAGUGGCAACACAUUGAAGGGAUGGUGGAACUUUCAAAGAAUGUGGGUUUUUAGGCGAACAACAUCAUAUUUCUUAGCCUUCAUCGACACAGUUGUCAGGAAAUUAGGAUUCUCUGAAACAGGAUUUGCAGUCACUGCCAAGGUGGUGGAUGAUGAUGUUCUAAAGAGAUAUGACCAAGAAAUCAUGGAAUUUGGAAACUCAUCUGUAAUGUUUACUAUUAUUUCAACACUUGCAUUGCUGAAUCUUUUCAGCUUAAGUUGGGGAAUCAAGAAACUUGCUUUUGGUACAACAUUUGGGGCAUUGGAAAAUUUAAUCCCACAAAUUAUUAUUUGUGGAUUAAUGGUUAUGGUGAAUUUACCAGUUUAUGAAGCUCUAUUCUUUCGGAGGGACAAAGGAAGUAUACCAUCUUCAGUUAUGUUCAAGUCUAUUGUCAUAGCAUCAAUGGCAGUUCUCAUGCCUAUUUACUAG